AUGGGGAAAUUGAUCAGAAUGGGAACACGGGAGAGGCGGUUACUCCGGCCAAAGCGUCUACAUUGGAGUCGCCUCCUCUUCCUGUUGGGAAUGUUGAUCAUCGGUUCCACCUACCAGCACCUGAGGAGUCCCUGGGGCCUCCCCUCAUUGUGGGCAGCAGUCUCCUCCCAACAUCCUGUAAAACUGGCCAGCCGUGACCUCCCUAACAAUGAGAUGAUGAUGGUGAGCAGUGACCCUCCAAGAGCUAGCUCUGAAAUGGAGGGUGACACACUGGUGCCCCAAGCUACAGUGGGCAGGGGUGAAUCAACAGUGGAGAAUACCCCCAAUCCAUCCAGAAGAACAGCCAACAUCACUCCAACAAUACCCAAGAAUAACUACAGUCCAGCAGAGGCAGAGACAGAAAGAAGGAAGGAAGAUACCACAACCACACCCCGUAGAGUACUGAAUCACUACACCCCAACUUCAAGCAGGCCAACGGUAAAGAAUUAUACCCCAACAACACCACCCAAGGGAGAAAUACAGAGCUACCACCCAACUCAGGCCGGGGGAAAGGUGAAGAAAUACACCCCAUCUCCACUUAGUAGAAUAGUAGGCAAUUAUGUCCCACCCACACUCAUGACAGUGACAAAGAGUCAUGGGAUCACCCCCAAAACAACAGUGAAAGACAGUGAAACUAUGACAACCAUUAAAAUAUUAGAGACCAAUCCCUCUAAGAGAAUGGUAGAGGAAAACACCCCAACUACCCUCAAGGGAAUAAUUAAUAACACCCCAACUUUCCUGAUAAAUGACAUAGAAACAAACAUCUUGACUUCUCCAAGGAGUAUGAUGGAAAAGAACACCCUGACUACCACCAGAAGAGUGGACAAUAACAGAUCAACCAAGCCCCGGAUGUUAGUGGGAAAGAACAAGCUGACAACUUCCCUGGGAACGGUCCUGGAGCACACCACAGUCAUCUCUGAGGGACAUGUGACAAUAGAAACCACAACAGGCAGUAGCCCAAAAGAAACCAAAGCUUCUACUGCUACCUGGAGUGUUAGUAAUCCCUUGUUUAGAACCAGCACAUCCACCGUUGGAGUUUCCUCUGCCACCCUCUGGGGGCUGGCCAAGAAAGCUUCCAUGGCACCCAGGACCUCAUCAACCUCUGAGGUCAGGGCAAAUCCAACCAUCCAGGUCCAUCACUGUGUGGUUGUGGAACCAGCCCCGGCUGUGCCCACUGCCCUCUCCCCCAGCCUGACAACAGCCGUGAUCCCAGAGGCACCCAGUUCCAGUCCCUCAGCACUUCCUCCUGGCUGGCCAGACCUUCACUCCAAGGCAGAGUACCCCCCAGACUUGUUCAGCAUAGAGGAGAGGCGACAGGGCUGGGUGGUCCUGCACAUCUUUGGCAUGAUGUAUGUGUUUGUGGCCUUGGCCAUCGUAUGUGACGAGUUUUUUGUCCCGGCCCUGGGUGUCAUCACAGAUAAGCUACAGAUCUCUGAUGAUGUGGCAGGGGCCACCUUCAUGGCUGCUGGAGGCUCUGCCCCUGAGCUCUUCACCUCCCUCAUUGGCGUCUUCAUCUCCCACAGCAACGUGGGCAUUGGUACCAUCGUGGGCUCCGCUGUGUUCAACAUCCUCUUUGUCAUCGGCACCUGUGCCCUCUUCUCCCGGGAGAUCCUCAAUCUCACGUGGUGGCCCUUAUUCCGUGACGUCUCUUUCUACAUCCUUGACCUGAUGAUGCUCAUUCUCUUCUUCCUGGACAGCCUCAUUGCCUGGUGGGAAAGCCUGCUGUUGCUGCUGGCCUAUGCUUUCUAUGUGUUCACCAUGAAGUGGAAUAAGCAACUCGAGAUCUGGGUGAAGGAGCAGCUCAGCAAGAGGCCAGUGGCCAAGGUCAUGGCUCUAGGGGACCUCAGCAAGCCAGGCAAUGGGGCAGUUGCGGUGGAUGAGCUACAGGAAAACAAGAAGCUAAAGGUGGUGCUCCCAGCAGUGCUGACCCGAGGGAGCAGCUCUGCCUCUCUGCACAACAGCACCAUCCGCAGCACCAUCUACCAGCUCAUGCUCCACAGCCUGGACCCUCUGGGAGAAGCCCGCCCCUCCAGAGACAAGGAGGAGAGCUUGAGUCAGGAGGCCAAAGCCAAGCCUCACGCUAACACAGAGAACAAACAAGAAGAGGAGGAGUCAGCCGAGCUUCCUGAGGUCACAGUCACGCCAGCGCCUGCUCCAGAUGCCAAGGGAGAUCAAGAAGAGGAUGCUGGUGGUCAGGAAGGAGAGGUGCCUGGAGCUGAGAGCACAGGUGAAGUGAUAGGUGAAGAGGUGGAAGCUCCUGGAGAAGGUGAGCAUGAAGAUGAAAUCAAAGCAGAAGCAGGAGAAGGUGAACCUGAAGGUGAAAUUGAAGCAGGAGAAGGUGAACCUGAGGGUGAAAUCGAAGAAGGAAAAGACGCUGCUGAUUGUGACAGUGAAGGUGAACUCCAAGCAGAAAAAAAAGGAACUGAUGAAGGUGAAGGUGAACUCCAAGCAGAAGACGGUGAAAUGAAAGUUGAUGAGGGUGAAAAUGAAGAGCAGGAAUUCAAUGCUGAAAGUCAAGGUGAAGCCCAAGGUGAUGAGAAAGGUAAAGAUGGUGAAGGGGGAGGUGAAGAAGAUGGCAGUGAAGAUGAAGAGGAGGAAGAGGAGGAGGACGAUGAGGAGGGCGAGGAGGAGGACGAGGAAGAAGAGGAGGCCAAUGAGGAGCCUUUGUCCCUGGAGUGGCCCGAGACCAGGCAGAAACAGGCCAUCUACCUGUUCCUCCUGCCCAUUGUGUUCCCAUUGUGGCUCACAGUGCCUGACGUCCGGAGGCUGGAGUCUAGGAAGUUUUUUGUUGUCACCUUCCUGGGAUCCAUCGUGUGGAUAGCCAUGUUCUCAUACCUGAUGGUAUGGUGGGCUCACCAGGUUGGUGAAACAGUAGGGAUUUCUGAAGAGAUUAUGGGUUUGACGAUCCUAGCAGCAGGCACAUCCAUUCCUGACCUCAUCACCAGUGUGAUUGUUGCGCGGAAAGGCCUGGGAGACAUGGCUGUGUCAAGCUCUGUGGGCAGUAACAUAUUUGAUAUCACUGUGGGCCUGCCUGUUCCUUGGUUGCUUUUCUCUCUCCUCAAUGGAUUACAGCCAGUUCCAGUCAGCAGCAAUGGCUUGUUUUGUGCAAUUGUUUUGCUUUUUCUCAUGCUCUUGUUUGUGAUCUCUUCAAUUGCAUCGUGCAAAUGGAGAAUGAACAAGAUUUUGGGCUUCACGAUGUUCCUCCUUUACUUUGUAUUCUUGAUAAUCAGCGUGAUGUUAGAAGAUCGAAUCAUUUCCUGUCCUGUAUCUGUCUGA